AUGUGGUCAGCUUCGGCACCAAUCUCUUUUGUCUAUCCAGUCAUCUGGGCAUACCUUUGUGGCGAUGGGUGGCGCGGUAUUGCGCUCACUUCGCUCGUGCUGCUGGGCGCACUCGUGCCUGAAGGACUGGGAGCGGUGACUGGCUGCACGACAUGCGGCGUUCAACAGAUGGACAAGGGUUCGGAGGAGCAGUUCCUCAUCGAACUUGCCAAAAAGCAGAUUCUCAGCAAACUUCACCUGAGGGAGAGACCCAACAUCACGCAGACGCUGCCCCGUGCCGCCCUCGCCACUGCUCUGCGCAAGCUGCAUGCGGGACGCGUGAGAGCGGACGGAACAGUGGAGCUGGACAACAACCUGGCGAGCGCACAGCACACAGACCAGGCGUACGAGAUCGUCAGCUUUGCAAAUAUGGAUGAUGUGGAUUCCAGCGGUAUCAACUCCAUCUUGUCCUUCCAGUUUCUGCAGGAGCAAGGUCGAAGCAUCCAGGUGCUGCAGUCCUCCCUAUGGGUCUAUGUGCACCCAGCUAAUAGUCCCUCCCCGGCUGGCCGUGUCUCUGCCCAGGUGUACUUGUCAAACACAAGCAAUGGCAACCGCACGCUCCUGCUCCAACGCAGCAUUGAGGUAGCACAGGGUGGUUGGCAGAUCUUUCCCAUCACCCGCACCUUGCAGGCAUUCCUGGAUGGUGGGCAGCAAAGUUUGCAGCUGGAAGUGCACUGUGAAGUGGGAGGCCGAAACCUGUGCAGCCAGAGUGGUGUUGAUGCAUCUCAGAGGUCCUACCUGGUGGCACAGGUGAAGCUCCGUGAUGAUGACCCCAAGCACACAGUGAGCAAGCGCUCUCUGAGUUGUGGUGAUGACGUCAGCGUCUGCUGCAAGAAGGACUUCUACAUCAAGUUCCAAGACAUCCAGUGGCAGGACUGGAUCAUCGCUCCUGAGGGCUACCAUAUGAACUAUUGUAUGGGCCAGUGCCCGCAGCACCUGGCUGGCUCACCAGGCAUCGCUUCCUCCUUCCAUGCCACAGUGUUUAGCCAGCUAAAGGCCAAUGGCAUUCACACAGCUGUCUCAUCCUGCUGUGUUCCCAUCCAGAGGCGUCCACUCUCCAUGGUCUAUUUUAACUCACAACACAGCAUUGUGAAGACUGAUGUGCCUGACAUGAUUGUGGAGUCCUGUGGGUGCACAUAAACAAAAUCGAAGUGUUAGAAUCAAGUCCAUGUUGCAAAAAGUCUCUUUUACCAUAAAUGUUCCUGAGAUAUCUUUUGAGAUUAUAAAUACACAUUCAAAUACCCAAGGAAGCAUUAUAUACAGUAAUAGUAUAAAGCAAUGCAGCUGAACAGAAUUUAUAACCGACUUUAGCAAAUCGUCCUGUUCUUUAUUCCCUUCAAAGCAAGAUACAUAUAGCAAUAUUCUUAAUGCAUAUAAAAAUAUAUAUUUGAAAUACUGCUGAAAUUACACCUCUCUAGCAAUUAUAGGGAGGUUCCAAGACUUUUCACUGUACUGUUUGUUUAGUUUUCAUCUGAGGCCACUGGCCUGACCUCUGCUUGGUUACCCAAUGAGAUGGGUAAACAUUUAAUUAUUGCCACAUGCUAAAAUGAAGGUCUAAGAAGACAUUAUGGUAAAUGUGACACACUUAUGUUUGCUUGCUAUUGGAAUGUAAGGCUUAGAUAUAAAUUAGAUUAUGUCUAAAUCUGCAUAUCCAGUCAAAACAUGAUAUAUGUUUUACCAAAGUUCUCAAAGCUUUUUAGGUACUGUUUUGUUAUGUAAAGCAUUAGUAAAUGAUGUUUGUGUGUGUGAGUGUGUGUGUGUGUGUGUGUGUAUGUGUGUGCACACGUGUGUUUGCUUGAUAUGUUUUAUUCAAGUAUAUUAACUUAAGACUUUUCUUUAGACAUGUUAUUUUUGCAUAGAUAUUGGUUAGAUUUUGUUUAUUUUAGGCAAACAUUUUGAAUUCAUGCUAAAAUCCAAAGCAAAACCUUUUUACUGACCAUGAAAGACAAAGCAGUCACUUAAACCAAAGCUUGCAACAAGUUGUCUUUUCAUUGAUUUUUAAAGCACUUCCUGUCCUAAAACAUAUUAACACGGGAAUGUUUCAGGGUUAUGGCAUCAUCAUUUGCUUCAUAUUCCAUGUUUACACUUCUCUUGAUUUCACCAUCAGGGCCACAGAAAAAGAACAAAGUCUUUCUAAUGCUAGGCUUAUGUAACGUCUGCCUUUAUAACUUUCAUGUUUGAACUGAAAACAUGUAAGAUUUCCAGGAAAGCUUUUUCUUAUUUGAGGCUGCACUUUAUCUGUCAGAAUUGAAUCAUUUAAAUGCUUUUCUUUAUUUUAUUGUUUUUUAAUAAUUCACACAUGUAUAAAAUUUUGUUUUUCCAUUUCCAGUAGUAUUGGUAAAUGCACCGUAACUUAUGUAUAAAUGGCAAUAUUGUAUGUUAAGUUCUCAGAAAAGUCAUUUUUAAUAUAAUUUAUAUAAUUUUGUAACAAUGUGUUAUUUUCUUAAAGUGUUAUAUUUUGGAAAUCUUGUACCAUAUAAUGUAAUUUUAUUGAU